AGGUGUAAGAAUGGCUUGACAGCUCAAACUAAGAAUCAUAGCGUUUAGCGACGGCAUCACCAACGGCGUCGCUUUAUAAUCAAAGCCGACAUCCUUCUUCUUAGAAACUAGUCUCUUCGUUCAUUCUAGUAUUGCUGAGACCCGAAGUCAUGGCGGAUCGGUUCUUUCCCAACCCAAUGCCCGAAUUCGUACCCGAAGCGACGCCCUCAACUCCGGAGGAACAACAAGAAGCAGUGACAGUCAUAGACGGAGACUCACUCACGAAGCUCCUCGCCAUGCCUCACGCGCCACUCACCGAGCGUCUCAAACGCGCAGGCUUGGACCUCAAAGAAACUAUAGUGAUAGAAACGUGGGGAUUAACGGGGCAACACGUUCGGGACUUCACUCUCUAUUGUGGCCUUCUGGGCACCGCUUUUCUUCUCUUCAAGUCUUACAAUGUGACCCGCAACAGCAACGAUCUCACUCUCUGCUCCCAGAUUGUGAAGGCUUGCGAUGCUGCUUCUGUUGAUUCUAGGGUCAUCACCUUUAUUUGUGGGCGUGCUGGUGUUUGCGCCCUUGGGGCUGUGGCUGCAAAACAUGUUGGUGAUGACGAGUCCUUGAGGUACUACCUAGCUCAGUUCGAAAAGAUUAAGCUGCCAAAAGAUCUUCCUGACGAGUUAUUAUACGGGAGAGUUGGUUUUCUAUGGGCAUGCUUGUUCAUAAACAAGCACCUUGGUCAGGGGACAGUUCCUUCCAAUUAUACUGCUACUGUUGUGGAUGAAAUCAUAAAAAGUGGAAGGGCGUUGGGUAGGAAGGGAAGAUGCCCAUUGAUGUUUGAAUUUUACGGAGAGAAGUACUGGGGUGCUGCACAUGGAUUGGCAGGGAUUAUGCAUGUCCUGAUGGAUAUGGAGUUGAAGCCAGAUGAGCUUGAGGAUGUAAGGGGAACUCUUAAAUACAUGAUACAUAACCGCUUUCCUAGUGGAAACUAUCCUGCUAGCGAAGAAGAUAGGAAGACGGACGUUCUUGUGCACUGGUGUCAUGGAGCUCCUGGAAUGGCCCUCACACUUGUCAAAGCAGCUAAGGUUUUCGGAGAUAAAGAAUUCUUGGAUGCAGCAAUGGAAGCAGGAGAGGUGGUUUGGAAUCGUGGUCUGCUUAGGCGAGUUGGGAUUUGUCAUGGUAUUAGUGGGAAUGCUUAUGUCUUCCUCUCACUUUACCAACUUACCGGGAAUGUGAAAUAUUUAUACAGGGCCAAAGCUUUUGCUUGCUUUUUGCUAGAUAGGGCUCAUAAGCUUAUAUCUCGAGGUGAAAUGCAUGGAGGUGAUAGACCAUAUUCAUUGUUUGAAGGGCUGGGAGGCAUGGCAUAUCUCUUUUUGGACAUGGUUGAUCCCUCUCAGUCUAAAUUUCCAGCUUAUGAACUCUGAGAAAAUAUACAUAUUUUGGAAGGGAGGCCUUAUGUAUAACCGUAUCUUAUAUGAUCAAGGUAAAUGAAAUAAAAAUAAAAUGAGAGCCUUAGUUACAAUUUAUACUUUUUAUAAAUUCGAGUUUGUGCUUGCUUUUCCUCGUGACAACAUCUGUAUAAAAGAUUAUAUGCUAUGUAUGAGUUUGCCCUCUCAUUAUACCGUGAAAUUAAUGGCCUAUGCU